CUCAGGAUUAAUCAUAUCGAUAGAAUAGAAUCGUAUAAAAAGAUUUAAUACAACAUAUUGAUCUUUAGUGUCCAUAGAGUCAACAAUCUGUAUAAAAUUAGAGCGGUAAAAAAUGAGACUAAAACUAAUAUCAAUAUUAUGUUACGCGAUUGUAUUAACAAAUGUAGAAUCGGCAAGAAUUUUAGCAGUGUUUCCAUUUCCAUCAAUUAGCCAUCAAGUUGUAUUCCGAAAACUGACGCAAGAGCUUGCUAAUAAGGGUCAUGAUAUAACUGUGAUAACGCCUGAUCCCGCGUUUCCCAAAGGUGGAGCGCCCUCAAACCUCAAAGAAAUAGAUUUACAUGAAAUAUCUUACAAGACAUGGCAAAAAAUAUUUCAAGAUGACUUCAAUGUCGAAAAGAAUAGUUUCAAGUCUUUCUCUGAAAUAAGGCGUAUGAGUAUUUUGAUGAGAAAUCUAUUUAGAACACAGUUGCAAACUCCCGAGGUGCAACAAUUAUUGUCUAAUAAGACACAAAACUUUGAUUUGAUACUACUAGAAGGCCUGAUAUACCCUGGACUUGUAUUUUCUCAUAUCUAUAAGUCACCAAUAAUUCUAGUGAGCUCUUUAGGAGCUGUUUAUAAUAGUGAAAAAAUUAUGGGCUCACCGACACAUCCAUUAUUAUAUCCACCACCUUUACAUGAAAGAAUUUAUAAUCUUACAGUUUGGGAAAAGAUACAAGUACUCUACUAUCAUUACUCGGUCGAGUAUGCACUAUAUUUGAAUGAAGCCGAUGAUAACAACUUCAUCCGUCAAAAUUUUGGACCAGAAAUUCCUCCCAUAAACGAAUUAUAUAAUAACGUUGACAUGUUAUUCAUUAACAUACAUCCUAUAUGGGCAGACAAUCAGCCUGUUCCACAAAAUGUUAUUUAUAUGGGUGGAAUACAUCAGUCGCCCGAAAAGGAAUUGCCCAAUGAACUAAAAGCUUAUUUAGAGUCAUCGAAACGUGGUGUAAUAUAUUUAAGUUUUGGAACCAAUGCUUUGUCUGGAAUGAUACCACCUGAUAAAGUACAAAUGAUGAUAAAAGUCCUUUCCAACUUACCCUACAACGUUUUGUGGAAAUGGGAUAAAGAAGAACUACCGGGAAAAUCUGAUAACAUCAAAAUAUCGAAAUGGUUCCCACAAUCGGAUUUAUUGAGACACCCAAAGGUUAAGCUCUUCAUUACGCAAGCUGGGCUUCAAUCUACAGAUGAAGCGAUAACAGCUGGUGUACCACUUAUUGCCAUACCGAUGUUGGCAGACCAGUGGUACAAUGCGGAAAAAUAUGUGAAACAUGGCAUUGGUAAACAGCUGAACAUAGAAACCCUUACAGAGGAUAUAUUAAAAGAUGCUGUUGAAACUGUGAUCAAAGAUAAAAGUUAUAAGGAGAACAUUAUUAAACUCCAUCAGUUGAUGCGUGAUCAACCAGAGAAACCAUUAGAACGUGCAGUAUGGUGGGCAGAAUAUGUCAUAAGACAUGGUGGCGCCAAACAGCUAAGAGCAGCUACAGCAAAUAUGUCAUAUGCGCAGUAUUUUGAAGUUGAUCUUAUACUAAUUGUACUUUCAGUGUCCUUGAUAGCUUUAGCUGCUAUUGUAAUAGCUAUUGUACGAGUCAUUAAUUAUUUGAAUAAUUUAAGAGGAACAACUAAAAUAAAGUUUAAACUUCAAUCCCACAAAUAUGUUUUAGUAAAUCGUAAGAGUGUUAUUGAGAUAAUAAUUAUAAAAAUGGUGUCAAAAUUUGUGUAUGUGUUGAUAUUUGUCUAUGUAAUAGGAAAUAUAAAACCAGCUAAAAUAUUGGCCGUGUUUCCUGUACCUUCAAUUAGCCAUCAAGUUGUGUUUCGUCCAAUAACUCAAGAACUUGCUAAAAGAGGCCAUGACGUCACAGUUAUAACACCCGAUCCAGCAUUUUCUGAUGGAAAUACUCCACCAAAUUUAAAAGAAAUUAAUGUUCAUGAUAUAUCUUAUAAAACAUGGCGCAACUUAUAUAUGAAUAACUACAAAUCUGACGGCAGUAGUACGAAUUUCAAUAUUGUACGGCUAAAGUGGACAUUGCUAGCAAAAAUAGUCGCAAUACAGUUAAAAUCACCUGAAAUUCAGGAAAUCAUUAAUGAUAAGGAUAUCAAGUUUGAUUUAGUAUUACUCGAAGCUAUGAUACGUCCUGCACUUGUUUAUUCUUAUUUUUUUAAAGCGCCAGUAAUCUUAGUGAGUUCGCUGGGUGCUAUCUUUAGUAACUCGAAGGUUAUGGGUAUGUAUACACAUCCAAUAUUGUAUCCUACACCACUUCAGAACAGGAUUUACAAUCUUACGCUUACUGAAAAAUUGAUCACACUUUAUAAGUAUUACUCUAUUGAAUUUGCUGACUAUUUAAAUGAAAUCGAUGAAACUGACCUGUUGAAAAAAAUGUUUGGCUCAAAUGUUCCGCCUCUGAGUGAGCUGUAUAACAACAUUGAUAUGUUGUUUGUCAAUAUUUAUCCAAUUUGGGCAGAUAAUCAGCCAGUUCCACCAACUGUUUUGUAUAUUGGCGGAAUUCAUCGAACCCCAGAAAAAAAAUUACCAAAGGAUUUACAAACAUAUCUAGAUUCUUCAAAGAACGGGGUGAUAUACUUGAGUUUUGGGACAAACGCACUAGCAGGUGCAAUACCAGAAGAUAAAGUACGAAUAAUUGUCAAAGUUUUGUCUGGUCUUCCUUAUGAUGUUUUGUGGAAGUGGGAUAAAAAUGAAUUACCGGAACAAUCUGAAAGUAUAAAACUAUCAAAGUGGUAUCCUCAAUCAGAUUUAUUAAGGCAUCCUAAAGUCAAACUAUUUAUUACACAAGCUGGACUCCAAUCGACGGAUGAAGCUAUAGCUGCUGGUGUGCCUCUUGUUGCUUUUCCAUUGUUCGGUGACCAAUGGUAUAAUGCAGAAAAAUAUGUGAAACAUGGAAUUGGUGAAAAGCUUGAUAUAGAAAACUUAUCAGCAGAAGAGUUUAGAAUUGCUAUUGAAAAUGUUAUUCAAGAUGAUAGCUAUCGGAAGAAUAUAGUACAACUUCGACACUUAAUGCAUGAUCAGCCAGAAUCUCCUCUUCAAAGAGCUGUAUGGUGGGUGGAAUAUGUCAUAAGACACGGUGGAGCAAAACAUUUACGUCCACCUUCAGCAAAUAUAUCUUGUGUUCAAUACUUUGAAAUUAAAGUGUUAUUUAUUUUACUUUUAAGUGUACUAAUAAUAUCAGCAAUAACAAUAAUAGUUAUAGUUUUUAUAUUUAAGGCUUUUAGUAGAUUUAUUAAAGACGAAAUGACAGUUAAACUCGAUUAAAGAUGUCAUGUAAUAAUAAUUUGUCUGUUUAUUAAUGACACGAAGAUUUUUUGAGCUGCGAUACAGAAUUGUAUUAUAAUAAUGUUAAAAAAAUGGCCUCUUAUUUUGAACUUCUGUGAAAUUGUGUUUGUAGAAAAACAAAAAAGCUACUUUUGUAAAGAUAUAGAAUAAAUACUAUUCUUUGAUAUUUUAUCAUUCUUGUCAUAAAAGUUUCCAAUAAGUUUAGCUUAGACCUAUUUAUGCCUAAACUUAGCUAUUAAAGCUGUGUGUAUUUUUGUUAUCCAGAACUGUAAUCAACCAAGAAUACAAUAAUUAU